AAACAUGUCUUCAAGUUCAAGUACAAGAAAUUUUCGCAAAUUAUACUUAUUUUACUUCUAAACUCUCGUUAUUAUGUUGAACAUUAAGAGAGGAUAGUAGCUGUACCUGGUAUCAACAUUUUCUUAAUUGGAAACAACUCCAGUUUUGAACAAGAUGACUACUGAAACAAGUUUUAAUACUUCAUUUCACAACUUCCUAAUCGCUGGUGGAAUUGCAGGAAUUUCUGUGGAUGCUGGACUUUUCCCCCUUGAUACUAUUAAAACAAGGUUACAGAGUCCUGAUGGUUUUGUAAAGUCAGGAGGGUUUCGUGGAGUUUAUUCUGGACUCGGGACAGCUGCUUUGGGUUCAGCACCAACUGCGGCACUAUUUUUUUGUACUUAUGAAAAUACCAAACGAUUACUGAAUAGUAAUGGCUUUUUCACUAUUUGGCAGCCAAUUGUUCAUAUGACCAGUGCUGCGUUUGGUGAAGUUACAGCAUGCUUAAUACGCGUUCCGGUCGAGGUAGUCAAACAAAGACGACAAGCAGGAUUCCAUUCCUCAAGCAAACAUAUUUUUCGGUCAAUCCUACAGCUAGAAGGAAUCGCUGGCUUGUAUAGGGGUUAUAUGACAACCGUUCUCCGCGAAAUUCCAUUUUCAUUUAUUCAGUUUCCUCUUUGGGAGGGGAUGAAAUCCUUUUGGUCAGACGCACAAGGACGACCAGUCAGCCCAUGGCAAUCUUCUGUUUGCGGCGCUGUUUCGGGAGGAAUAGCCGCAGCUGUUACAACACCCCUCGACGUGGCUAAGACAAGAAUAAUGUUGGCCGACCCGGCUAGUAUUGAAGCGGGUGGAAAACUCAGCCUAGUUUUGAGAAGCAUUUACUUUGCUCAAGGAAUCAAAGGACUUUUUGCUGGAAUCAUCCCACGUGUUCUUUGGAUAUCAAUCGGAGGAGCAAUAUUUCUCGGAGUUUACGACAAAGCCUUGGUUACCCUUAUUCAUGACUAGAUCCUUGACUUCAUUGGCAGUUUACUCACAGGAAACCCAAAAUUGUAACAUGUUUAGUUGGCUUGAUUUUUUACCGAAUUAAAUCUGCCAUUUUUAAAUUACGUUUGAAUUUGCAAUCAAGAAAAGGAUUUUGUUGUUGCACUUGGUUGUUGCAAUCAUUCAGCAGGAAAUGUCUUGUUAAGAUAAUUGAUGUCUUCAGUAAUAUAGAUUGCUCUAUUAGAACCUGCAUCAAAGCCCUUUCUCGGACUAAACAGAUCAUAUAGUCUAUUGUGUAAAAGUUAAAAGUUUGACGCUGACGAAGGACAUUACGCGCAACCUUUUUUGUGAGCCACAAACCAUUUAAUAUGCAACGAUCGAUACCAGGCUCUGCUAGGACUGGUAGCUUAAUAGUUUAAGGAUAUUCUUUCUAAAACUAGCUUGCAUUUUUAUUUUCCUGUAAAAUGUGAAUUAGUCUGACGGAUACCUAAUGAAUUUUCCACCAUUUUCUUGUCUGAUCAACAUCAUCAAGGUGGAAUCUUUUUCGCAAAAACUGUUUAAAUCUUAUUCAUUCAAUCUGCACUUACGUUAUCUUAUUAUGAUGGAGCCCGUAGUAAAUUUGAUGGAAAGGA